UUGAUAAUAUCGUAUUAUUAAUUAAUAAAACAUUGCUUAAUAGUGUAUUGAUGUAAAUAAUAUUUAUUUUAUUAUUAUUAAGCAGCUGUACAAUUUAUUUACAUUGAUUAAGUUACUAUUUAUUUAUAUUUAUUUGUAUUAGGUUUAUAUAGUAGAGCAGUGCUAAUCUCUAUAAUGAAAUUCAUGUCUGCUAUAUUAAAAGCUAAGUGUGCCGACAUAGUGAAGGCAGCUGAGUGUAGGUUUGACUAUAUUGGUGUGAGUAUGAUAGAUUUAGGACUUUAGGACAAAAGAGACAAUUUAAAGAAAGCAACUCAUCAAUAAUUUUUAAAUGUUGGAUGAAUAAAUCAACUACUAUGAUUUAUACAGUAUUAUGUACUCAUCUAUAAAUAAGACAACAUUCUUGAAAACAAGAAAGACACUUUGACUAUUUGCCUACUAUUUAUUGACAGCAAGAAAGCUAGACGGUUUGCUCUGACACACAAAACAUGACACUCCCAUCUCAUGUAGAUGUGGUUACUAAUGGAGAUGCUUCCUUUGAUUCUGGCCAUAACCGUCUUCUUCAACUUGGUUACAAACAAGAACUCAAGCGCGAUCUCUCGUUGGUUUCAAAUUUUGCACUUUCUUUUUCUAUUUUAUCAGUGCUAACUGGUAUCACCACCCUUUACAACACUGGUUUGAACUAUGGUGGCCCAGUUUCCAUGCAAUAUGGUUGGUUUUUGGCUUCUGCUUUCACCAUGCUUGUUGCACUUUCAAUGGCUGAAAUUUGUUCAGCUUUUCCAACUUCUGGUGGUCUUUACUAUUGGAGUGCCAAACUUGCUGGUCCCAAAUGGGCACCUUUUGCCUCAUGGAUUACUGGAUGGUUCAAUAUUAUUGGCCUGUGGGCAGGGACAACAAGUGUAGAUUUUUCACUUGCACAACUCAUUCAGGUCAUCAUUCUCCUUAGUACUGGUGGAAAAAAUGGCGGUGGAUAUGUAGCAUCUAAAUAUGUAGUUCUUGCUUUCCAUGGUGGGAUUUUGCUUCUUCAUGGUUUAAUAAACAGCCUUCCUGUUUCGGUCUUAUCAUUCUUGGGACAACUCAGUGCUAUCUGGAAUGUUUUAGGUGUUUUUGUGCUUAUGAUUCUCAUUCCAUCUGUUGCAACUGAAAGGGCUAGUACCAAGUUUGUUUUCACUCAUUUCAAUGCUGAUAAUGGGAAUGGAAUCAAUAGCAGACCCUACAUGUUUCUCUUGGGACUUCUAAUGAGUCAGUAUACCCUUUCGGGCUAUGAUGCAUCAGCUCAUAUGACAGAGGAAACUAAAGGUGCUGAUAAGAAUGGACCAAAAGGAAUUAUAAGUGCUGUUGGAAUAUCUAUUAUUGUUGGAUGGGGUUACAUAAUAGGUAUUACCUAUGCAGUUACUGACAUCCCUUCCCUUUUGAGUGAAAAUAAUGAUGCUGGUGGGUAUGCAAUUGCUGAGAUAUUUUAUCAAGCAUUCAAGUCAAGAUAUGGAAAUGGAGUUGGGGGUAUUAUUUGCUUGGGAAUAAUUGCUGUUGCCAUUUUUUUCUGCGGUAUGAGCUUAGUUACCAGCAAUUCAAGGAUGGCUUAUGCUUUCUCAAGAGAUGGGGCCAUGCCAUUUUCAUUGUUGUGGCAUAAAGUUAACAAGCAAGAUGUCCCCAUAUAUGCAGUUUGGCUUUCUGUUUGUAUAUCAUUUUGCAUGGCCCUAACGUCUCUUGGAAGUUUAGUGGCAUUUCAAGCCAUGGUAUCCAUAGCAUUAAUUGACCUAUACAUUGCUUAUGCCCUUCCUAUCUUCUUUAGGGUGACCUUGGCAAGAAAGUCUUUUGUUCCAGGGCCUUUCAACUUGGGUCGUUAUGGAAUCAUUGUUGGUUGGAUUGCAGUUAUUUGGGUGGUGAUCAUUUCCAUUUUGUUCUCAUUGCCUGUUGCAUACCCAAUAACAAUUGAGACACUUAACUACACACCUGUUGCACUUGGAUGUUUGACCAUUCUUGUACUUUCUUACUGGUUCAUCAGUGGUAGGCAUUGGUUUAAAGGACCUAUAACCAACUUAGAACACUGAAGGUUGUGUAUACUUAAUAUUUUAGUAUAUUGAACACAUUUUAAUUAUAAAAUAUUUUUAAAACAUUAUAUAUGCAAUUUAUUUUGUCUAUUAUAUGCUAUUGGAUAUCUCUGUGACCAUGUAUCAAUUUACUUGUUAAUUUGUUUACGAGAUAAAUUUAUAUGCGCCAACAUGGUCUAAAAUACUUCUACACAUGCAUUUAAUCAAAAUUUCUCUCUAUGAUAAAUACUUAUAUACUGAGUAUUUGCAAAGAGAUAUUACGGAGUGAUGUUAUUGGAUGCAUGUGUAGAAACGUUUUACGUAUACAAAUUAAUUAUUUUAUAUCCUUUACUUUUUGGCCAUAGAGAGAAAUAGUAGUAAUUAUUUUGUGUUGAUAUGAAUGAAGAACUGUGGCAUUCAUAAGAAUCUUCAGUUACAGUUUGUUAGAGUUUAGCUACUUGUAUAUAUAGUAGAAUGUAACAGAUUCUUCAUUCAUUCAUUCAUUCAAUAAUCAAAGUUAAUCUUUCUCUAUUCUCUCUUUUCCUCACAAUGUUGAGUUUGUUUUUCACUACCAUCCAUAACUUCAUGAUGGUAUCAGAGCUCUUCUGAGCUCUGCUGCGCAUCGCUUUCUCUUUGCCAUGGCUCGUGGUGGUCAUAGCAACACUGCCGGUGGUUCUUCCACCGUGCUUUACUCCGAUCCGUCCAAUAAUCCCGGCGACAUUUACUAUGUGCAUCCUUCCGAUGGUCCUAACAGCAUUUCGGUGAAGCCAGUUCUUACACAUUCCAACUAUCAAGUUUGGGCUCGAUCUAUGCGACGAGCACUUGGAGGUAAGAACAAAUUCGAGUUUGUUGACGGUUCUAUUGAAAUUCCUACUGAGUUUGAUCCGAAUUUCAAAGCUUGGAAUCGCUGUAACAACUUGAUCCAUUCUUGGAUCCUCAAUUCAGUUGAAGAUUCAAUUGCUCAAAGCGUUAUUUUCCUUGAAAAUACCUUGGAUGUUUGGAAUGAACUCAAAGAAAGGUUCUCCCAAGGUGAAAUUUUUUCGCUUAAGCAAGAAUCGCGUUCAGUUUUUGAGUUUUUCACUGCACUCAAGUCUUUAUGGCAAGAGCUUGAGGCUUAUAUUCCUACACCUGUAUGGUUCUUGCCCUAUGAGGUGCAUAUGUGAAUCUGGAGUUCGUAAUGCAAAGAAUCAACACGCAGUGACGCGUUCAAUUCGUUUUCUCACAGGCUUGAAUGAGCAAUUCGAUCCUGUGCGUGCUCAAAUAUUGCUCAUGAAUCCUUUACCACCUAUUAACAAGAUAUUUUCGUUGGUUAUUCAGUAAAAGACAGUAUAAUUCGACUCAUUUGGAUGAAUCCAAAGUCCUUGUCAAUGCUAGGAGAGGGAAGAUCUUGAUGAUACAAAGAGUGUUAAAGGCAAUAGUAGCAAUGAUUCUUUUGGCUUCACCAAGGACCAGUACAACCAGUUAAUCAAUCUCUUGCAAGCUACAAAUGCAAGUGCUUCUAACAAAGCUACAAAUGCUUCAACCAAAACCCCAGCCUGUGAUCAGAAUAUUGGUUUUCCUAGUAGGGGGGCAUUGUGUUUUUCUUUCAAAAUUGUAACAAGGUUUCCAAAGCCUGUAACUGUAGAACUUUUCGUAAGUUAAGUUCAUGGAACAGAAUGCAAAUCUUUCCUUAGAUAUAUCAAUUUAGAGUCUAUUCUAGAUUGGUUUUCUUUUUAUGCUACUAUGCUUCCUUGUCAUCUGAGUAACACUAAUUAACUUCUGGACAUUCAAAUUAAAAGUCAGGAAUCAUUUAGAAGAGCUUAUUUAGAACUUGUUUGAGUGUAGUGACAUAAGUGCUUAAAUUACUGUUUAGAUAUAUUUGUAAAAAUUACUUAUAACAUUCCAAUAAGUUGUUUCUAAUUUAUUUUCAUAAUCUACCAGAAUUACCUAAUGAAAUAGCGCUUAAUUACGUUUGUUACAAUAACUUAUUUAAUAAGCACUUAAUUAAACUAUCAUCGUAUAUGUAGGUUGGGGACCUCAUGCAUAUUUCCAGAUGUUAGCUGAAUCUCGUAAUGGUGCUCAGCCGCCCAUUAUCGAUGACAGUCAACUUGCGCAAUCCGCAGAGCUUCAGAAUGUAUCUUUGUAUAUCCCAUCUCAACAUGAUGGAGAUGCACGAGGCAAUAGCUGGGAUUCAAGCCCCAUGUUAGAUGGCGGGUUAUCACAAAAUGCAAGGAUGCAUUGACUGCCGGAAUGACAUAGGAAAGAGCACCAGAUGUCCAUAAUCUGUAAAAAUUAUAGGGGUAUGAGAGGUUUAGUUGCAGAUAAUUGACACUUUGGCAUCAUUUUCUGUUAAGACAAGUUCAAUGUCAACUGGCUUGGUUCUUAGAUGGUUGUUGAUAGUUGUCUACGUUUCGGCCAACUUAUCUGUUUGUUGUCACGUACUGUUUCUUAUCCAUUUGUUCUGUUCUGUAUACGAUGAGAAUGUUUAGUCGGAUUAUGAGAAUGUUUAGUCAAACCAAUGGGAUCAAAGUAUGCAUGAUUUUGCUACACGAGAAAAGAAUCAAAAGAUUGAGAAAACA